AAUACUUUCAAAUACUUGUGAAUUUUUGAUCAAACCCUAAUUAAGAUGGCUUCAACAAAGAAGAGAAAAGUGGACGCUGAGAGUCGUACAUUUCAAGAGAAAUGGACUGACAAUUAUUUUUUUAUAAUGCAGAAAGAAAAACCUCUUUGUUUGAUAUGCUUGGAAACUAUUUCAGUUUUAAAGGUAUACAAUUUAAAAAGACACUACAAUACAAAACACGCUAAUUACAACAGUUACAAAGAUAAACUAAGAACAGAUAAGAUACAAAAUUUGAAAAAAUGUGUAUCGGCACAAGAGAUGUUAUUCCGCAAACAUACUGAUGUAGCUGACAAUAUUGUUCGUGCAAGUUUUAUUGUUAGCGAAAAAAUUGCGAAGCACUCAAAACCAUAUUCUGAAGGCGAGUUUGUCAAGGAAUGCCUUACUGCAGUCACGAAAGUUCUGUGUCCAGAGAAAAGCCAUGAAAUGGAAAAGAUAAGUCUUUCUCGUUGGACAAUAACCCGACGAAUCGACGAAAUGGCCAGUGACAUAAAAUUAAGCAUUAAAAAUAUUGCAUCAAAAUUUGAAGCAUUUUCCAUUGCUCUUGAUGAGAGUACAGACUCCAACGAUACCGCUCAAUUGGCUAUAUUUAUUCGCGGAGUUGACGCUAGCUUCAAUUGUACGGAAGAAUUGCUUGCUCUCCAACCAAUGAAGAAUACAACAAGGGGUGAAGACAUUUUCCAGGAAGUAAAAACUGUUUUUACUGUAUUUGAUUUAAAGUGGGAAAAGUUAUGCAGAAUAUCCACCGAUGGAGCUCCAUCGAUGAUUGGACCAAACAUCGGAGUUGUUGUCCAAAUAAAAACCGAAUUAUCAAGUAACAAAAUCAAUACCGAAGAUUUGUCGGUAUUGCAUUGCAUUAUACACCAGCAAAACUUAUGUGCAAAAUCAGUUAAAUUUGCACAUGUGAUGGGCACAAUAACUGCAUGUAUAAACUUCAUUAAAUCCAGGGCGCUAAAUCACAGCCAAUUUCAAGAAUUUCUGGCUGACGUUCUUUCUGACCAUGAAGAUCUUACAUUUUAUUGUGAAGUGCGUUGGCUUAGCAAGGGAAAAAUGUUGAAACGUUUUUAUGAUUUGAGAAAUGAGGUAUCUCUUUUCAUGGACAUGAAAGGAAAACCUAUUCCUGAGCUAGAAAACAAACCCUGGCUGUGUGAUCUUGCAUUUCUUGUCAACCUAACAACACAUCUAAAUGAACUUAAUGCUAAAUUACAAAGUCAGGGACAAAUGAUUCAUGAGCUUUAUGGACACAUAAAAUCAUUUCAAAAUAAGCUUCGACUCUGGGAAAGCCAAUUAAAGGAAGGCAAUACUUAUCAUUUUCCCACACUUGUGAACCACAAAGAUUUUGAUUGUGAAUCGUUUGCGAAUGAAUUAAAUUCAUUGAGUAGAGAAUUCAACACUAGGUUCUGUGAUUUUAAAAAUCAAGAAGCAAACUUGCAAAUUUUCUCUUGUCCAUUUGAUGUUGAUGUCGAACUAGCUCCACUUUCAUUGCAAAUGGAAUUAAUUGAACUACAAGAGAACCUUGUCCUGAAAUCAAAAUUCAAUGAUAUUGAAUUACUUGACUUUUAUAAAAACUAUUUCCCAUGGGACAAGUUUCCAAAGCUGACAGCUUUUGCUGAAAAGAAUGACUCUGUUUGGCAGCACCUACAAAUGCGAGCAACUUUUUUCAAGGAUGAACUUCGUAAAAUCCAAAACCAGGACGAGAAUUACUGA